UUGUAGAAUAAUAGGAUGGUGUAUCUUUGUUACAUUUGGAUAAUUUUGGCGUUUGCAACUGUCUUAGGAUUCAUAGUCACAACAGAGAAGAGAUUACAAACAAAGUUUAUUAACAAUUUGUUCAUUUUUGGAAAGUUUCGAUACACAAAGGAGUACAACCUAACAUCAAAUUUUCUACAAGUCCCUAAAAGAUGGUUCUACCACUUUUAUCUUUUGGGGCUCAUUGUUCACACACCUUUUAUUGCUGUCAUGGUGUACUCGGUCUGUUUGGCAAAGGAGUUUCCCAAACCGUUAUCUUUAAUUCUGAGUUACAUUAGGAGUCCAGCAUUACAAGAAGAGUUACUUCCCCCUGCUCCAAUAAUUGUUGUCUUGUUGAUGGGAGAGGUACAGAUGUUUAGAAGACUAUUGGAAUGUGUCUACAUCAACAGUUAUUCUCCUGGAACAAUGAGUGUUAUCAUCUACCUUACUGGAAUCUCCUUCUACUGUCUUCAAGGACUCAAUAUUGUGUCAGUCAUGCAGGAGAAAUCACUCACAUUCAGUGAGCUAUGGAUGGAUCUUCACUGGUAUCAUUAUCUCUUAGUAGUUGUGUUCAUCUUCAGCAGUUACAAACAGCAUGUCCUGAACAACAUUUUAGCUAACCUAAGAUGCAAUCAAAAAGGUAAAGUAGUAACAGACAAGCACCUGCUACCAGAGGGGGAUUUAUUCAAACACCUUUCUUGUCCUCAUUUCCUGAUGGAGAUCCUUAUCUACAGUGUAUACACGGCCAUGUUCUGGUGGAGACACUCUGUAUGCAAUGCUAUAUGGCUUUUUGUUUUUGUGAAUCAAACUUUAUCUGCUUACUUUUCUCAUCGGUGGUAUCAACAGACAUUCCCUGACUAUCCAAAGGAGAGAGCCCCUGUUAUUCCAUUUCUUUAUUUUGAUAGAUGGAUCAGCUCUCCACCUCAAAAGAAACUCUCAUAAUCAUAUACAGUAUUUUCAUUUUUUUUUUUUUAUACUAGAGAUGAAAUAUUUACAGUGUGCCUUGAAAAUGCAAGAAUUUUUUUCAGAUACUUUAUUGCUCAAGUUCUUUGCAUGAUUUACAUGUACAUGUAGAUAAGGAAAAAAAAAUUACACAGUAAUAAUUCUUUUUGGGAUUGAUGUGCUCUUUUGCGAGGGGAUACUUUUCUUUUCAAUGCCCUUGUUACAACAAGCACUCUGGAAAAUGUGUCCUCUGCUUUUCACUGAUGGGGUGAAAGUUUAAGGAUUACAGACUGUAAAAUUCCGACUUCUAAAAUUUUCUCCCAACAGAGCUUGUUCAUCCCCCUCUCCACUCAUUUCAUCAAGUUCCAUCAUUCAAUUCACAGUCCUCAUUUGUACUUUGAUGCAUAAUACAUUUGAUAAAAAAUGAUCCAGUUUCAUAGAAGUUUUACAGAAAUCCCUUUAAUUAUACAUGUAUAAAGGAGAAUGGCAAUUUUGACAAACACAAAAAUGACUCAUAAAUGCAAGGAAGAUCUACUUCCUGUUUCUUGGACUUCAGUGUAGGUCAAAUGAUGCCAUGGUGUAAAGAUUGUGUUUGCCGGGGUGUUAGUUAUUCUUCUAAUGGAAAGCAUCACCUACGAAUGAUAAAUCCACAACUUUGGGUCUACUGCAAUAAUUGUCUAUAUGUAUUUAUGUAUAUAAGAAAUAAAAAGUGAAGAAUCGA